AUGAAUAUCUGUACUUGGAACAUAAGAGGGCUUAAUGAGCCUCUUAAAGCUAAUGAAGUUAGGAGGUUCCUUAAUAAUCAUAGUAUUCAUGUAGUAGCUUUAUUAGAAACACGAGUAAGGGUUGGAAAUAAGGAGAAGGUUCAAAAGAGAUUUGGGGGGGCUUGGACUUGGUUCUGUAACUAUCCUCAUUCUCCUAAAGGUAGAAUUUGGGUUGGUUGGAAGACUGCUGAUGUGGACCUUCAGAUUCUUAGUAGUUCCUCUCAAAAUGUUCAUUGUUGGAUUCACACUAAGGACCAUAGAUUUUCUUCUUUCUUUACUGCUGUUUAUGGUUUGCAUAGUGUAGGGCAUAGGAAAGCUUUGUGGGAAGAGUUGAACCAGCUUAGCCUUAGCAGUCAUGCUAGCCCCUGGCUGAUUGCUGGUGACUUCAAUUCUAUUCCAUACUCUGGGGAUAGAAUUAAUGGUAAUGUUGUGAGUAAUGCAGAAACUAGGGACUUUCUUCAAUGUAUUUCAGAGUGUGAUCUAAAUGAACUGCAUAGCACUGGUUGGUUCUUUUCUUGGUCUAGUAAGGGUACAGAUGAUCCUAGAGUGUGGAACAUGAUUGACAGGGCAUUUGGAAACAUGAAGUGGAUGGACUCUUUUGCUGAGUUGUCUACUAAGUAUUUGAAUCCUUCCUUGUCUGACCAUUCUCCUAUUAUCAUUCCUUGCAUUACAAACUCUUCCUCUGGUGGGAGACCUUUCAAAUUUAUGAACUAUUUGGCAGAUCACUCCUCUUUUGAGAGUAUUGUGGUUGAUUGUUGGAAUAGGGAGGAUAUGGGUAGACCAAUGGCUCAAAUCUGGCUUAAGCUGAAUAGAGUGAAGCACAAGCUAAAGGCAUUACAUAAGGAGGAGUUUUCUCACACUGUGGAGAAAAUUGAGUAUUACAGAAGUGAGUUAGACAAUCUGCAGACUUAG